CUGAAAAUGUUUUAUGAAUUAUUCGAAGUUUAAUUUGUUUUAGAAAACAACAGCAUUUAAAUACUUUUGCUGCAUGUUGAAAUUUUAGUUCUAAUUGAACUGUUAAAGACAGUAGUGAGUAGCAGUAGCUGACUGCUUACGCAAAUGCUUCUAACGUCGUUUUCCAGCACGCAUUUUCUUCUGCACCACAAAACCUGGAACGGUUUGGCUGGCCUCAGUGUCAGCUGUCCACCCUUUUCUUUGGCCGACAGACGAUUAUCUUCCACCGGUAAUCGAACCUCCAAACGAGUGGAAAGUAGUUUGCUAAGCUCGAGGCUAUUCCCUCAGUCGAUUGCCUUCGUGCGAUCCGUAAGGAGCGGAGGGGGUGCGAGAAAACGUCUGGAAUCUGCUCGAGAGCGAUGGAGUGCGUGGACGAUCGCUUUGGCCAAAAAGAUACCAGUUCCUGGCCGUCAGGCUCUGUUUUGGAUUCCCGUUGCGUUUGGAACAGUAUUCGCUGCAGGAAUUUAUUUAUCGGUUCAUCAGAGUGAGCGCAGAAAAGUAUUUAUUACCGCCAAAGGAUUCCAACGAUUUCUAAGAACAGCAAACAUCGGGACAGCAAUUUCCUUCGAUUACUUAUGGAGCCUUCGCGGACUUCAGGAGGACUCUCCAGAGUACAACCGAGCACUGGACGCCUGCCACCAGAGGAGCGCUGAUCGCUUACUAGCAGGAUGCCUUUUGAAUGGUGGACUGUAUGUCAAAUUGGGACAAGGCCUGUGUGCGCUAAACCACAUUUUGCCGAAGCAAUAUGUGUCCACACUCAGUGUCCUACAAGAUAAAGCGCUAUCCCGACCGUACAAGGAAGUGGAACUUCUGUUUCAAGAUGAAUUUGGCAGUAAACCCGAUCAGAUGUUUUCGUCUUUCGACAAAGUGCCCAUUGCGGCAGCCAGCUUGGCUCAAGUGCAUCGCGCUACUACUUUAGACGGUCAGGAUGUCGCUGUGAAAUGUCAGUAUGUGGAUUUGAAAGACCGUUUCACGGGUGACACGCGCGCUAUCGACCUUCUGCUGGCUUUAGUGGAAUGGAUGCAUCCCAAGUUUGGAUUUCGGUGGGUGCUACAAGAACUGAAAGAUCGCUUAGCGGAGGAACUGAACUUUUUACACGAAGCACAAAACGCCGAUCACUGUGCCUACGAUCUACAGGAAUUACCGUUCGUCUACGUCCCCAAAGUGCGCUACGAUCUGACCACUGAGCGCAUCCUGACCAACGAUUUCGUCGACAACGCGUGUCGGAUAACCGAAGUGGCAGCUAUUCAGGGCAUGGGACUGAACAUCCGUGAAGUCAAUGAAAAACUGCUCACCGUGUUCGCGUAUCAAGCUUUCUUGUCGGGAUUUGUCCAUGCUGAUCCCCAUUCGGGGAAUGUCUUGGUGCGCAAAGUGAACGGACGAGCGCAGCUGGUCAUCUUGGAUCACGGACUGUACGAAGUAUUACCGGACGGCGAUCGGCGAACAUUGUGUCGGUUAUGGGAAGCGAUUGUGCUGCGGGAUGAGAAGAAGAUGAAAAAGUAUUGCGCUAUGCUUGGCGUUGAAGAUUAUAAAAUGUUUUGUGAAGUCCUCAUCCAGCGCCCGCUACAGAUGCCUCUAACAAUGAGCGGUGUGUUUCCGACUUCGGGGAAAGCAGAAAUGAGUGGUCAUCUCACGCCUAAUGAAUUUUCUUACAUGCAGAAAAUGGCUCAAGAGCGUUUCGACGAGAUCAUGAAACUUUUACGCACUAUGCCAAAACCGAUGCUGCUCGUAUUGCGCAAUUUGAAUACAAUUCGUUCGAUUUGCGCUAUCCACGGCCACCCGGUAGAUCGGUACACUCUGAAUGCAAGAAUGGCAUCUCGUGGGAUUUAUUAUCACCAUGAUGAUGCCGAACGUCCGGUUUUCAUGGGAAAGGAGAGGACAACAUCCGCCGCGUACCAGUCGGCGGAAGCUCGGAAAAAGGACUCACGCUAUGAAGGAUUGUUUUGGUGGCUCCGGUGUCAGAUUCGGUGGUUGUGGUUUGAGUGGAGAUUGUUCGCCGAUCGGAUGUACAUGCGUUUGAUGAUUUUCUACGUAAAGGUCUUGCAAUUUUGUGGUGUGAUUCAAGCGGCUAAUGCCGAUGCGCUUGUUGGUAUGCUGAAGUGAUCUAAGGAAGAUUUGAUAAUUUUAUGGUUUUAUUGAAGUAUUUCGCGAUGUGUUAAUAUUGUCGGUUGUAGAGUACCAUUUCUGUUUUUGUUUAUUUGUGUUUAUGCCUUUAUGGUACAUACAUAAACUGUUGUGAUGGGAAGCAUACAUUAAAAUAAAUGGG